GUUAGACUUAUUCAUGAAUUAUAAUAAUAUGAGAAAUGAAAAAAAAUUUGAAGAGUGUCUAAGGACAGCAGUUUGUGUUGAUGAUACAGAUGCUGUUCAAAAAUUACUUAAUUUAGGUGUUAAUGUUAAUGCGCGAGAUGCUAACGGAUGGACUCCUUUACAUUGGGCAUGUAAGAAGGGCUUUAUAGAUACAGCUGCCUUACUUUUAAAGAAUGGUGCAGAUAAAAGAAUAAAAUCUGAACUUGAAGAAGAGCCAGCGCAUGUUUGUAGCAAUAUACAAAUUUGUCAUAUGUUAGAAAUGAGAACUGAUACAGAAGAAGUUUUAAACGAAUCAAUGGUACCUAAUGUUAUGCCUCAAUACAUAAAAAAUGAUUAUGUACAUGGAACAGUAAAUUCAGGAACUUCUAGAGUAAGAAACAAUGGUCUAUAUGAAGAUGAAUUGGUGUUGAAGAUUCGUGUUGCUGAUGCUCCUGAUCCAGAUUUCAUAGAGAUUGAAUUACCUCAAAGUGAUUUAACAUUUCAGUAUCUAGCUCAGUUAUGUUGUCAAGAAUUAAAUGUUGACCCCAAUCAAGUUGUAAAAUUAAGAAAACUGCCCAAUACUACUUUGAGGAAAGAUAAAGAUAUUCAACGACUUCGGAACUUUCAAGAGAUUGAAGUUGUUACAAAUGCUGUUAAUACAUAUAAAUACAUGCAAAAUACAAAUGGUAUAUUAAAUAACAUGUCAACAAUACCAGCAAAUGGGUACCAAAGUAUUUCUAAGAAAGAUCAAACUAUUUUAUAUUAA